UUCUCCAAGUUUUUACUGUUUAAUACUGUUAUCCUUUUCACCGGCUUGGAAACCUACGAAUUCUUUGUGCAAUGGGGUGAUUUAAACACGAUUGCAAGCGUCACCAAUUAUUUACUCACUCAUAUCAUGGGUGCCGUGGAGACAAUUCUUCUCUAUAACAAUCGUAAAAAAAUUGGCAGGAUGAUGUUAUCCCUUCAUAAAGCACCCUACGCUCCUGAUAUCAAACGUGGCGGUGAAAUAGAAACAAUCUGGAUAAGAAAAAUCGUCCAAAUCACCGAAGGAAUGUAUAUUGUAUUCGGUGUGACGUUGUUGAUGACUAUUUUAAUGAGCGUCGUGGAAGUGUUACAUAGUCGCUUGACACAACCGGAAGAAGGAUGGACGAUGGGUUUUGCACCCAUGACCGUCGGUGAUUUCCAGAAACACUCACCAUUCUUUGAAAUCUCCGCUGUUUACCAAAUCUUUGAAGUAUCUGUUUAUGCAUAUAUUAUUUUAACUACUUAUUUAUUGAUGUCCACCAUUAUGGGUCACAUAAGUGUGCAGAUGAAAAUCUUAGCGAAUGGUAUGAGAAGCAUGAGAACACGCGCGGAGGAACUAGCAGGUGGUGAGAAGGAUAAUCUUGAUGUGGUUAAUAAAAAGAUGGAUAUUUUAAUGCGGCAAUCAAUUGAACAUCAUUUACAAGUGCUGGAUUUGGCGGCGGAGAUGGAAAGCUUAUGCAGUAUUAUGAUUCUAUCAGUGUUUGCCUGUAGUGUGGUAUUAAUGUGCUUUUUAUUGUUUUUCGCGUCACUUUAUCCUUUUGGAAGUGUGGAGUUUUUCCACUUUUUCUUCUAUUGGUGGUGCAUUGCUUGUCAAGUAGGAGCGUAUUGUUACUGGGGAAAUGAAGUGAGUUUAGAAGCUGAACAAGUAGCUAAUGCCGCAGCUGAAAUUGACUGGCCUGGUGCUUCGAAACAUAUUACGAAUGCGAUUGUGAUGAUUAUAAGAAGAGCGCAAAGGCCUUUGUAUAUCACAGCAGGGAAAUUUGUUCCAUUAAGCAUGGAAACACUAAUGAUGAUUGUGAAAGGAUCAUUCUCGUAUUUUAUGGUUCUACAACAAACUCAAGAGGAGAAGGGUGAACUUGCACCGCCUUAGAGUCAACCACGUAAAGAAAAACACAACCACUCAUCAUAGAAUGCGUUUAUUGCAUUAUUUUGUACUAAAAUUGUGUGAUGCUACUAAAUACGAUUUAAAAUCACAUAAAUAGAAAAUGAAUGUCUAGCAAA